AUGCUGCAGUCCCUGGCCGGCUGCUCCUGCGUGCGGCUGGUGGAGAGGCACCGCUCCGCCUGGUGCUUCGCCUUCCUGGUGCUGGGCUACCUGCUCUAUCUGGUCUUCGGCGCCGUGGUCUUCUCCUCGGUGGAGCUGCCCUACGAGGACCUGCUGCGCCAGGAGCUGCGCAAGCUGAAGCGGCGCUUCCUGGAGGAGCACGAGUGCCUGUCGGAGCAGCAGCUGGAGCAGUUCCUGCGGCGGGUGCUGGAGGCCAGCAACUACGGCGUGUCCGUGCUGGGCAACGCCUCGGGCAACUGGAACUGGGACUUCACCUCCGCGCUCUUCUUCGCCAGCACCGUGCUCUCCACCACGGGUUACGGUCACACUGUGCCUUUGUCGGAUGGAGGAAAGGCUUUCUGUAUUAUAUACUCCGUCAUCGGAAUCCCCUUUACGCUGCUUUUCCUGACUGCUGUGGUGCAGCGUAUCAUAGUCUAUGUCACCAGACGGCCUGUAUUGUAUUUCCACAUUCGCUGGGGCUUCUCCAAGCAGAUUGUUGCCAUCAUCCACGCAGUGAUUCUUGGGUUUGUUACCGUCUCAUGCUUUUUCUUUAUCCCGGCAGCAGUAUUUUCUGUUAUGGAAGAUGAUUGGAACUUUUUGGAAUCUUUUUACUUUUGUUUCAUUUCCCUGAGCACCAUUGGUCUUGGAGACUAUGUUCCAGGAGAAGGUUACAAUCAAAAAUUCAGAGAGCUGUAUAAGAUAGGAAUUACGUGUUACCUGUUGCUGGGCCUCAUUGCAAUGUUGGUGGUUCUAGAAACUUUCUGUGAACUUCGUGAGCUCAAAAGGUUUAGAAAAAUGUUUUAUGUGAAGAAGGACAAGGAAGAGGACCAAGUGCAUAUAGUGGAACAUGACCAGCUUUCCUUCUCUUCGAUUUCGGACCAAGCAGCUUCCAUGAAGGAGGAUGAAAAAGCAAAUGAGCCUUUUGUGACUGUUCAACCUGCAACUUAUUAUGAUGGCUGUAUAAACAAUUAA